GUGUAUAUAUCUAUUCUUUCCCGGUUAUCUGUUAUCAGCAUCAGCGGAAUGUUUACGUGUAGUUCUCUUCUUUAAACGCGUAUGUAGUGUAGAGAAGUAUUUUUUAAGCUGAAAAUGAUGAUUCGUUUUACUCGCCACAGAGCUCAGAGCCUCAAUACAGAAUUGUGAUAAAUUUUAAAGUCUCCUGGAUCGACCAGUCUGCUUGUCUGUAACCAAGCGGCAACAUUUUUAACAUUGUCCGGACUCUUCGAUAAAAUAGUUUUUAUUUAUCAUGAAUUUUUGGUAAUUUAAGCUACGAAAUACCUCGUACUUUCUUGCCGGAAUGAUAACUUCGAAGUAUCUUUUACUGAUCAUCUUCUAUCUUCAUUGUGUAAGGUGCUCUUUAAAACCCGAAACCAAACAUGAUGACAUUCUCCCACCAUGCAGUAGUUGCAAAGUAUUGGUUGAAUCUUUCAUGAAGGGAGUUAAGAGGACCUCUCGCGAAAAUUUUGCUGGUGGUGAUGCAGCUUGGGAAGAAGAAAAACUUGGCACCUAUGCAACUAGUGAGGUUCGGCUGAUAGAGAUUCAGGAAAAAUUGUGCUCCGAAGUCGGAAGAGGAAAAGACCAGUGUCUGACUCUAAGUGAAACACAUGAAGCACUUCUGGAAGACUGGUGGUUCAAUGAACAGAAAGUUAGCCCUGAUUUAAAGCAGUGGCUGUGCGUGGACCUUCUCAAAGUUUGCUGCCCCGCCGGUCAUUUUGGUGCUGAUUGUCAACCCUGUCCUGGUUUCCCCAAAGUUUGUUUUGGAAACGGAAAAUGCAAGGGUGACGGGACAAGGAAAGGUAACGGAGCUUGCAUUUGUGAUGCUGGAUACACAGGGGAAUAUUGUGAUGCAUGUGGUCCUGGCUACUAUCAGUCAUACAAAGAUGAUGAUAAACUCCUUUGUUCUAAAUGUCAUCCAGCAUGUAGUGGAAACUGCACAGAAGCAGGAACCAAAGGCUGUGAAGCUUGUAAUGAGGGCUGGGCCAUGACAGCAGAAAAUGGAUGUGUGGAUGUCAAUGAAUGUGUUCUGCCAGAUGUCUGUAAACACAAUCAAUUUUGUGUCAACGAAGAAGGCAACUACUCUUGUAUUGAAUGUGAUGCAGCGUGUUCUGGCUGCUAUGGCGAUGGGCCAGAUAUGUGCAUCAAAUGCGCCCCUGGCUAUUUUCUGCAAGAUAAUUUCUGCGUUGUGAUGACUGCGAGGCAGUGGGCACAAACAUCAACCCUGACAAGGUAUCUGACUUAUUUUGGUCUUUGCGUUGCAACAUGCAUUAUUUUUCAGAAAAACGUCAUAGUUGCAAGUGUGAUCGGCCUGGCAGUAGCAGUUUACGUUUCCGUCUCUGAGUACAUGCUCAGUUCAAUCAAUAAUGAGCCCCAAAUGUUGAGUGGGCUGGACUUCAAUAAACUCUUUGCCAAAACGUGAUAUUAGAUAAUUUUAUUCGCCAGGUUGUUUUGCGAAAGAUUGCUGGUGUCCAUCUCAUUAUCUCAUUAUUUCAGUUAUUCCAAGUGAAUAUGGUUCCUCUAAAGACCAUUAGAGAAAGGAAGAUAAGUGCGCCUUUCUCAUCUGUAAAAUUUUUUUUCCAUCUUUACCGUUCUUAUUCGUUCACAAAAAACUACCCUCUUUUGAAUAAUUUUCAUCCCUGCCCUUUGAAACUAGCUUGCUAUACACUGAUUGCAUAUGUGUAAGCAAGAGGAAAACAAGAAUGCUUAAUUUGAAAUUAAUCAGAAAAAGUGGCUACAAAUGGUACAGCAAAGCAUGCAAAAUGCAGGUGAAAAAAAAGUGCAAAGGAAAAAAUGUUUACUAUUGUUAAGUGUUGAUCUUUUCAUGUGCUUCCUAUUAAUAUAAAUUCUCUCAUGUUGUCCUAAAGAAAAAUGAUACAUGCAGAUGAGGACUGUGUGAGCACUCAAACUUUCAAGGCAAGAGGAGUCAUUCCUGCCAAUUUUCUCGGCUAGAGGAUUUAAGCGGUUACAUUUUUACACCCUAAAUGUACAUUUUGGCCAAGGUACACUCUACUAUAGGUAUGGACAAACGGGGUGCUGAAGUGGCAGCGCUGAGAAUCUAGGUCAUUGAAAGACGUCGCAAGUCGCACCGUCUUUGCUGCGCAGUUCAAAAUGAGGUUUUGACAGAUCUGGUAGCUUCAAUAAGCUACCAGAUGAAUUAAAAAAAUUGAUAAAACUCAAAAUAACGAAAAACUUAACUGAGAACACGAAAUUGACGAGACCCACUCUCAGAACAGAAAAUAAACAAGUUUUCAAUGUGGCAUCGCAGUGUCAAAUCUACGCAUUUCGACGACUUUCUAAAAUUCCAUUUGUCCAUACCUGUAGUAGAGUGUACCUUGCAUUUUGGCUGUGUGCCAAGUUAGAAUGCCAUGAUUUAGUCUUUUAUGGAGUUAGGCAUUGUAAUUUCAAAAUCGCAAAUUUUCUGCUCUUAGUUUAAAGCAAGCAGAAACUUCAAUUGGUCUCUGAAAAAUAAUGCAUCAUUUUCAUUUUCAUUUUCUGUGAGUUGGUUUGAAGUGAAUUUUGACUAUAUUCUGUGAUAUGCAGUUGGAACCACUUUGUGACGUGACUCAGCAAAGAUUGGAUUGUGUAUUUUGAAAUUGGUGAUUGUUGUCUCUUUAUACAUUUUGAGAUUUCUUUCCAUGUUUAAUGAGAGCUCAUUUUAGGUAUUAAAACAAUUUUUUCUAUCUGUGAAAGGGAUGGUCAAUCUUUCGUAAAACGAUCUAUACUUAACCUGUUUUUAUAUUCUGCUUAAUUUGUAAAAGUUUGGUUUUUACUUUCCUGGAUCAAAUUUUUAUUAUCAUGUAAUUGUAUUCUCAGUCAUUAGAGUAGAUGUUUGAAAACAUAUCCUCCUUAACUCAUAAUAAAAAAUAAGCCGAGUAAUUAAGUGGCAACAGAGCUUUAACAUUUUACCUGACAGUGAUGUUUUGGGAUUGUUGAUAAAUUAAGAACUUUCUCCCUACUGAAAAAGCUUGUCUCGUUAAAAAUUUGCAAUCUUAAUUGAAAAAAUUUGGUUUACUUUUCUCUGAUAGGAGAACAGGCUUGAAAAACUAAGUAAGCGUUUUAAACAAUUCUUUCUCCAAAUGGAUUAGAUUUCUAUCAGACAGGGGUGAGUCCAUAAAUUCAUAAGCCCUAGCAUCCUGCAUGAUCAACAAAAGCCAGGGCUCAUGAUUUUUGGACUUGCGCCUGUCUAACAGAAACCGAUUUAAUUGUAGGGCUGUAUUUUUAAAAUUUGAAGAUAGAAUGUCUCCUCCAAACAGCAGUAUGUACAUUUUUUUCAAGUAUUACUGUUAGAUCAAUUUGUUGCUCUUGGGUCAAGAAUAGUACAACUUGUAUUAAAAUCACAUUUAUUAAAGAGUUCAUAAUGGCCUAGAACUGUUGCUAAUUGCACCAGUGCUUUCAAGCACUCUAACGUAACUCAUGUAAAUUAUUAAGUAAUUUUGUUAAAAAGGUAACACAUAAAUAUUCAAAUUCACCUCACCUAAUCGUUCAGGUUUAAAGUAGGUUGUCAGUAUAUUUCAUUACGAAGAAACCAAGUGAUUUUCAAAAGUUUGAUUUUCAAAAUUGAAAUGAUACAUUAAAACUUGACACAUGUAGUCUUUUAAAAGCCUGUGGACACUGACCCCCAUCGAAACUUUAUCGUAAUCAUGCCUAAAAAUUUUCGGAUUGUGAUUGAAUUAAAAAGAACUACGUAAAAUGGAACGUACUGUGAUGAUGCAUUUUUUUUGCAUUUUUUAAAAAAUUGAGAAUUUGUCAUAUUAUUCAAUUUUCGGGUGCACGGAUUCAGAAGAUUAAUAUUUCUCAAGUAUUCGACUUUUCGAUGGCGCCAUUUAUCAUGAGUUUAAUAUCUGUAAAAAUAAGACCCUGUCAGAAAAAUUAGAACUUUAAUUUAGGCUCUACAUUUUUUUAAAAAUAUUUUUGAGCGUGCCACUUAAAAGUCCUGCAGUUUCCUGCCAACUAUGCUCAGUAAAAGUAUAAGAAGUAAUAAUCUCAGGGAUCAGUUUUUUCAGAUCCUUCUCCUUUUUACCCCUGAGAAGUAUCUAGUCCAUCCAGUUUAUGCUUUUAUUUGUCGUUUAAAAAUAAAAUUGUCACGUGUAAUUUUGCAGCAUUUUGUAUUUUGUAUCAUAUUGAUAAAGUAUCAGAUUAGAUGUAAAAAUAAUUUUGAACUGAAAAUAGCAGCAACAUUUUUCCUGAACUAUAUUCUUCCAAGCCUUUCUCUCUUAUUUCUGUGUUUUGUGAACUUUGAAGACUUGAGCACAAGUAUGCAACAAUAUAUUUCAUAGGGAAGUAGGUUUCGAAUUUGACUUCUCCGUAGGAUAAUAGGAAUGAGCUUGCUUCCAGCUUUUGCUAGUUUUCCCUGUAAAAAUGUAUUGUGAUUUUGUUAUGUUACACUUUUAAUUCUUCUUGUAAGUCUCUAAAGAUAUAAGUUACAGUCUUGUGCACAGUGAACAGUAUUUUUACAUCCUAAAGAUAAACUUCUCCCUCUGUGUACCCAAUAUACGGUAUUCAGUAGCUGUGACAGGUUUGUCCCUUUAACCAAACGACAUUGUAUUAAGUAGCGCUGUCCUCAAGUUCUCAACAAUUAUGAUUUCAUUAACUAAUCUCCUCAUAUAAUUGAUUGAUUUGAAAAUGGGAGCUAACAGUAUGUUUGAAAGAAGUUUUUUCCAUGGCAACGAAUCGCAUUUUGAUUCCAUCAGUCUGAUUGCGGUCAUUCUUUAUUUAUCGAUGUUCAUGGUUAAAGAGACAUGACUUAUUUCAGUUUAAUGUGGCUCAGUUUAUGUAAUUCAAGGUGAAUGACACUUCCUGAUUCGUUUUGGAUAAUCUCACUUUCAUCAUUCUGUCAAGCACAAUGGUAGAAACUAGUGCAGGAUUCAAACUUUUCUCUAAAAAAUGCUCUGAUCGGAACAUUUUCCCCUAUUGUACUUUGUUCGAUAAGUGCUAUCAAUACCAUCAUUUACCAUUGAACUGAUUUAUUUUUUUAUCAGCAGACCACCAGUGAAGCUAAACUAAAAAAUGGCUAAAUAUUGCACUGAACUACUCCCUUAAAAUGAAAGGGAGAAAAUGACCACCCUUUAAUACAUUUUCUAUCAACUUUCCCACUAUCUCAAGGACUUUUUUACAAGGCGUAUUCAGAAUUCAUACUUGUUAUACAGCUCCCUCAUUUCUUUUUCUGUAUCUCACAUGCAGCGUAAAUUACACCUUUCUCAAUAAUUGUUCAAUAAUUUGUUCUAUGUGGUAAUUUCAUAAGUCUUGAUUUGGUUGUCAAACACACAGUUUGUCCUCGGUGGUUUAUAUUUAAAUGUCUUCCUUCUUUUGAGGUACAAAUUUCAAAUCAAAUAGGUUAAAAACCCUUAUCAUUAAUUUUUGGUUCUGAUCGAUGCAUCGGUCCCCAAAUAGCUGUGAUUGUGAUAAAUAGCAAUUUUAUCGGUUGGUUACUGCGAUUAUAUCGGUGGCACUUUAUCGUGAUAUUAUCAAAUUAAAAAUUUCGAUAAAUGGCUAAUAAAUCGCUAUACAUUGCAGUUUUUGGUUUGACAAAAUUGCCAUCAAUUUUCGUCGAUAAAAUUAAGAUUAAAUCGCCAUUUACCGCGAUUUUUAUUUCGAUAAUAUCGAGAUAAUUGCCAGACGAUAAAAUCGCGACAAGAUAGAGCAUAAUCGCUCAGAUGUUGAUGAUCCUGGCACUUUUAUCGCCGAUAAAAUCGCAGAAAAUCGCGAUUUUUCUAUUGAAAAAUGCAACUUGGGUCGUUGCUUGGGUCAGCAGAUACCUCACGGUACUUUGUGAUGUCUAAAACCUUGCCGUCACAACUUCGAGGGAAGUGAUACAAAAUUUGCAAUAACCGAAUGUAAGUACUUUAGGUUAAUUAAUUAUGAGAAGUGCAGCCAACCAGUUGUUUGUAUUUUAAAAUAAAGUUUUAAUCUUUUUUUAUUAAAUUUAAUUUGUCAGAUGCAACUUUUUUUGGGAGUGGGAGGCGGGGAAGAAAUGUGACAUAUUUGUGUAACUUAUUUUGAGGAUUUUCAGGCCACUUUGUUUACUUUUUGUUUAAUUAGAUUUUAAGUGCAUGGUUAAAAUAUUUCAUUCAUUUUAAGAUGUGCUUAAGAAGAACUACCACCAAAAGAUAAAUAGAGAGACCUUAAUGAUGGAACUUAAGGAUACUCUUCAUGAAAAUCCUUAUCAAUCAUCAUUAUUUUAGAACACUAUAGUCAGAGAAAAUAUCAACAGUGAAACUGCAAACAUAAGUAUUUUGAUUGCAGCCCUUUAAAAUCUUUCGCAGUAUUAUUUUUAAAAGGUGACCAAACUAUAAACAUGACUUGAAAUUUUCAUAGAUUAUUCUUCACAUAGAGAAGAAAAAUCAUAUGUAGACAAUAGGUGUGUUUAUGUAGAAAAUGAGGUAUGGCAGGAAGUCUGCAACGCUGCGAAUCGAGAUACUCAUCUCUGUAGUUUCAACAUCGAUAUGUUUCAGAGAUCUUGCUUUACUAAAUCAAGCCAUAUAAUUGGGUGAGGCCUAACUUACUUUCAGAUAUUUUCACUCAAAUUUAGGGGCUCGGAAGACAAGGCACAUAAGUGCAAUUUUUGCUAUUUUGAGAAAAAUGUGUUUAAAGUUUCUAAAUUAUAUGAAGCCUUCAGGUGGAAAGAAAGUUCGAGCCCACACAUAUUUAAAAAUUGUAUUUUCCCAGUGAAUUUUUCACAGAAUCUAUUUCUAACCUGGAUUUAGUUAAAAUCACUAAUAUUUUAAUUUUUCUGAAAACUGCUCUUAUGCGCCUUGUCCUCCCAGCCCCUCAACUCAUCUUUUGAUGAAUGACUAAUUGAGAAUUUUCUUGGCCUGAUGAUGACCAAUGAAUGGGUUGAGCUUUUUACACGGCAGAUUUGUCAAACUGAUUUGUCAAACCAGGUCUGGUUUGUGUGAUUGAUUACUCAAUAUGCUAAUUGCUACUCAUCAAUCAUUUAUAGGCAGAAUGAUGUUAAUCCAUAAUUAUAACUUUGAAACCAUGAGGAAAUAAGUAAUGGAAAGCCUAUAAAGAUGGAUCUGACUAUAAUGGGGUUUUAAUAAAAUUGUUACCAUCUUGAAUUUCUAAGUAAUAUGGAAUAAAUAUGGAUGUAUUUCUGCCAAACGGAACUAUGUACAUUAAGACAUGAGCCCUGAGACCCAUAAAAAUAUAUGCAUAACAGGGCUUGCGUUAUAAUGCACAUAGUUCUGUUUGGCAGAAAUACAUCCAUAUGCUCUUCCACCAUGAUCUAUUUUUCAGUUACCAACAGGUAGUUCUUCAUUAAAUUGUUAAUUGUUUUUUUUUUGUACUUUUUUUUUUGUAUGUAGUUCAUAAGUUGAAUAAAUUUUUGGUUACAAUCCCUGAAUAAAACGUGAAA